GCGCUUGUGUGCACUCAUCUUGUUAAUACAAUAUUUCCGACACAACUUAAAGGCAGCAUAAAUACCUCUCACAGGACCAGACUAAAUGACACAUUUAUGUGACCCAGAGUUCAUAUAGUCUACCACUUCAGCAUGACACACAACAGGUGCUCCAUUUUACACACGUCUCUGCAUACUCUGCUGCCCUCUGGGAUGGUGGUAUGAACAACUGGAGCAGGACAGUAGACAGAGCUGCAGGGAGGCUGCCGUGUGCCCCAGAUUGCUUUUUUAUGAAGGGAGGUUUGUCAUUUUCUCCAAAACAGGGUCAGCCCAAAAUACACCAGCUACAAAGAAAAAAAGCUUCUAAUGCCAGUAUCAGCUGGUAGGAGUCAGCACACUUUACAGAACCAUCCUCCUAGUCCUGCUUCUAAAAAGUGUUUAAUGGUACUUGCUAGGAAUUCAUUGAGAUAUCAGAUAUCAUUAUUUGCUAUGUAGCCUAUGGUAUGACCCAGUUGUGUGACUGUAAUGUACAGUAAAAGGCUUUAACAGUACUAGCAGUAUAGUACUACUGUGUGUUUACAGUUGUGGCAGAAUGAGUGAUGCCAUAAGAUACCCUACACAAACUGGUCUUCACUGCUGGGGUCCAUAAUUAUUGGCAGGUUUCAUGUGCUCAACCAGUGGAAAGAAUGGGAAAAUUAGUGUUUCUGUGUGUGUGUGACUGUAUAUGUGUGUGUUGUAUGUGUGGGCGUGAACGGGCCCUCUAGGCCUGAGGUCUGUAAUGGAAAGAUUUUAAAAGCAGACCACCCCCCCCACCAGCACCACCACUGCCUACAUACAAACACAAUACCAACACAUAUACCCCGCCCAUUCAGAUUCUUUCAUCCACACAUCAGUAGACCCCCCCUCCCUUUCCCCACCACAUACCCACUCUCUCUCUCCCUCCCUCCUAUCCUAUGAUAGUCCUACAUCUCUCUCCCUCUCCCAUAACCCCCUCCCUCCUGCUCUGAUGCUAAACAGAUUACAGGGGAUUCGCUUAUUUAAAGACUUGGACAAGAACUGUGCAAGUGUGUGUUUGUGUAUUUUCGGACCAGCUUACACACUGAGCUCACCUAACCAACUCUGGGGAUCUAAUUACAGCAUCUCGCCCUGCCCUGUCUGGUCCAUCCUCAUCCUAGGUCUGGUCCAUCCUUUCCAGAGCCCAGAGAGAGUGCCACAGCUCAUCCAUUCAGGUUCUGGUCAAUCCAGCAUCAGACAGGUUCAGCUAUUCGAUUCGGAUUACCCUGGCCAGCAGCAGGCCAGUUUUUUUUCCUCCCACAGGUCAGGAGCCCCUUAGGGAGCUCCACACACACCAGCCUUCAAGCUGUCUUUGCGGCUCCUGCCCGCCAUCAUCAUGGACAAUGAUGAGGAUGAUGAUGGGAACUUCACCAAGUGGAUGAGCAGCUACUGGGGACACGGAGCUGGGGAGGAGUCGGCCAAAGAGAGGAAGAGGAGCUUCCGCAGGCCUGCUCGCAACACUGCUGACCGCCGCGCCUCUUUGCCCUGCAUGGUAGGGAGCCAGCGACACCAGGGGGAAGAGUCACAGCUGGAAAACAUGAGGGUGAAGCAGCUCCAUGCUGCCACCAUGCCUCCAGCACCUGUCCACCCAAAGAACCGUGAGGAGAAAGAGGUGCAACCUCACCCUCACGCUCGCCGUGUCUCCUCAGAUGAAAGCAGCCGGACAAAAGCAGGACCAGAGAGCCGCAUUAGCACCAUCCCUGAGCUGGCCGAGUCAUUUGAGAGAAUGUUGCGCUUCCGAAAACAGAAGGUCAUGUCUCUGAGUGAUGCAGACAGUGUCUGUUUAAUCUGCCAUGAAGAAAUGUGCAAUGGAGGAGGUGGGAUAGGAGGAGCAUUCGAACUUCACUGCUCCCAUCGUUUUCACAAAGAGGCGAGGAGGUCAGACCCGGGUGGUCGUCCACGCAGCGGGAGUUCCACUGGUGUGUGUGAUCGCAGGAAGGAGGUGCCAUUCUGCUCUGGACAAGAAGAGUACCGUAUUCCCCGUCGAAAACUCUCCCUACGCAGACAACGCUGAUACACCUCCAUCGGAAGACUGUGAAUACCCAGAACAUGUACAUACCACAAUUUAGUGAAAAUCCAUUAAACAGAGGAAGUGAUGUGUUGAACUUGCUUGAUUCAUUUCUAGUAUGUCACAUCCUUUGACUUUUUUUCUUUGUGUUUAUUUUUGGAUAGAAUUGGGGAUUGACUGAAUAUAUUUUAUAUAUAUUUUCAUGUGGAAAUGAAUCAAGUAAUUGCAAUGCAUUACUUUUCUCAGUGUAUUAUACCAUUUUAAUUAGUAAAAAAGUUCUAGUCCUUUUCAUCCAUGGAAUUAUUUUUCCUUUGCACCUCUUUAAGGGGCUAAGUUAUCUAAAUCUUUUUGUACAAUUUCAUUUUAAUAAAAAUAUUUCUCUCUCAUAUGUGAAACUGCCUCAACAGUAGUGUUCUAUACGCCAUAAUAAACUAUUUUUGUACAAUAUGAUUGUCAUUUUAAGACAUUAAAUUUCCAUUAAUGAUACUCAUUAUAAAUAUACAUUAAUGUAUUACUUAAAAAAAUAGUUGACUUUUAAUUACCCAAAAUAUGUAGACAUUGCAAUUAUAAUAUAAAAAUGUUUACAUAUCCUAAUAUAUAAAUUCAACCACUGUUUUUAAACAAAUUCAACAUAGAAGGUUUAUGGCUAAGUAUGUAGAUAAGUACAAUGGGCAAUAUUAAGGUCAGCAAAAGGGGUCAGACAUAAGGGGUCAGUGCAGAAAUGAGAUGACAUCAGCAUGAACAUGCUGGAAAUUAGCUGGUGGCUGCUGGAUGUCUAGUCACCGUAGCACAAAAUCAAUGCUUGUCCAAUUGCUUUUUUAUCACAAUGUGAGAAGAAGAUUUUUAACAUUUUACUUCUAGCAAAUUUUCACACAAUGUCAGUGAACCACAUGAAUGUCUUUAAGAACUUUUUUUAAGAACUGGUAUGAAAUGCAGACAACACAUUUGAAAUAACUGACUGUGACACAUACUGACCUGUCUUAUCAGGCAUUUUCACAGAAUUGACAAUCACAUACAUAACCCUGACCCAGAAACUCACCCAAGACCACUAAAGUCAGAAUGCUGAAGAUCAGAAAACUGGGAAAUACAGGGGUUGGACAAUGAAACUGAAACACCUGUCAUUUUAGUGUGUGAGGUUUCAUGGCUAAAUUGGAGCAGCCUGGUGGCCAAUCUUCAUUAAUUGCACAUUGCACCAGUAAGAACAGAGUGUGAAGGUUCAAUUAGCAGGGUGAGAGCACAGUUUUGCUCAAAAUAUUGCAAUGCACACAACAUUAUGGGUAACAUACCCAAAAGAUUUCAAAUAGUUCAAAGGAAGACAAAUUGUUGGUGCAUGUCUUGCUGGCGCAUCUGUGACCAAGACAGAAAGUCUUUGUGAUGUAUCAAGAGCCACGGUAUCCAGGGUAAUGUAAGCAUACCACCAAGAAGGAUGAACCACAUACAACAGGAUUAACUGUGGACGCAAGAGGAAUCUGUCUGAAAGGGAUGUUUGGGUGCUAACCUGGAUUGUAUCCAAAAAACAUUAAACCACGGCUGCCCAAAUCAAGGCAGAAUUCAACGUGCACCUCUACUCUCCUGUUUCCACCAGAACUGUCUGUCGGGACAAUAAAUUAUUGUAUUAUUAUUAUUAUAGGUGUUUCAGUUUCAUUGGUCAACCCCUGUAGAAAAAAAGAACAAGAAAUACAGCUUAACAAAGCUGAAGUGGUUAUAUUUACCCACUUUAUCGGAAAACCUACCCAUUACUUUUAUUUACUUGCUACUUCACUUAAUACACAUUGCCAUGGGAGAUGAGAAUAAGACCAUGUCAAUGAAACCAUGGAAUGUCCCUUUCAUUUGGCACACACUAACCAGUCCUUACUCGAACUCUGUUAAUUGGCUUCAUCUUACAAGAUAACACCCCACAACUUAUACAGCUGUAGGUGUUUCCAUACUGUAACACUUCAGGCCUUGAUGUGACUAGCAAGUAUCUAGCAUUAGGAAUAGUCCAGUUCUAUUACAAAGAUUAUGUCCUUUUACAUGUGUCAACAUUUUGUAUGUCAUUAUUGUGUAGAGCCUGGACAAAUCAUAACUCAGCGUCCUC